AGGAAAAUUUACACGAGAAGUUCGAAAGCUCGCACUGGUUCCGGUUUGCAACCAAAACAAGUCAAAACACAAAAAACAUGAACAAAUGCCAUUUAGACCAGUAAUAUGAUUGCAAUAGUUAAUUUUAUUCAAACACAUUAAAAGUUAUAUUUUAAAAACAUAUAUAUAAGCCAUGGCGACGAAAAGGAUAGAAAUUAACCCAAUGCAACUUUUGCACUGGGGUCCAAUAAUAGCUUUAUCAGUAAUUUUCCUGAUAUCAGCAGCCUCAGUGAGAAACACUCUGAUGUGGUGGCCAAUUUUUACACUAGGAGGAGUGAUAAAUUUGAUGACAUUUUUACUCUGGAAUGUUUUGACGCUGUAUAACUAUCUUUUAGCAGCAUUCAAAGGACCAGGAUUUGUUCCUUUAGGAUGGGAACCAGAAGAGGAAGAAGAUAAACAAUAUUUACAAUAUUGUAACCUGUGUGAAGGAUACAAAUCUCCCAGAUCACAUCACUGUAGGAAAUGUGACAGGUGUGUUAUUAAGAUGGACCAUCACUGUCCAUGGAUUAACACUUGCUGUGGACAUUUUAACCAUGGUAAUUUUACAUGGUUCUUGUUUUUUGCACCAAUCGGCUGUGUUCACGCUCUAUUUAUUUUAAUUCCAUCUACAUAUAGGGCAAUUAAUUGGCAAUAUUAUUUCUACUAUACAAGAGAGCCUGUAGUAUAUCUAGGACUAUUUGGAUUUAUUGGUACCAUGUUUGCUAUAGGUUUAGCAGUAGGUGUAACUCUAGCUGUAGGAAUGUUGUAUGUCAUACAGAUGAGGAGUAUAAUCAAAAAUGAAACUGGUAUAGAAUCAUGGAUCAUAGAAAAAGCAUUAGAUAGAGAUCGAGAUGAUGAUGAAGAAUUUAUAUACCCCUAUAACUUAGGCUGGAAGGCUAAUCUAGCUGAAGUAUUCACAUGGACAGGGUAUCCUAAGUCAGAUGGGGUUGUCUGGAAUGUCAGGGAGGAAUGCAAUCAGUUUACACUUACUAUUGAGCAGAUACAACAAAAGGCACAAAAAAGAGAGAGGACUUUUGAAUAUAGUAUAGUAGAAGACUAUUCUGGUGCCUGGUUUCCCAUAACUAAAGGUUGUAGGGUAUGCAUUAGGUUUCCAUGUACAGAUGAACCUAGGAUACCAGUUACAAAGGGAGAUAAAGUUUUAGUAACAAGAUGGAAAAGACAUUGGUUAUAUGGAACAAGAUUAAAAAGGGAAGGUGAAAUUCAAGAAGGUAGUACAAAGAAGAGAUACAGAGGUUGGUUUCCUAGACGAUGUGCUGUAGAAGUUAUAUGUGAUGAUCAAAACCAUGCAGGGGAAGAUAUAAAUGAAAACAAGAAAGACAAAUGAUGAGGAGCAUUUAAAUCAUAGAGCAUUUAACUGUAGAAACCAUUUAAUGAAUACUAGUCAUUGAGAGGGGUUGGGCUAUAUUUCUCUAUACUCUAGAAGAUGUUAUUACUACAAGGGAUGAAGAUUUUCUCAAUGAAAUGUUAUGUUAACUGAUCUCACUAAUACUUGCACUGUCAGUAAUUGGUUUUACUAAAAUUUGUAAAAUUUUAUAGUUUCUUUUUAGGAAAUCAUCUGGUGAAUGUUCUAUUUGGUGAUUUUUGUAAUUGAAAAGGGUUGGUCUAUAUUUCUCAAAAUAUACUCUAGAAGAUGUUAUUACAAGGAAUGGGGAUUUCUCAAUGCAAUGUCAUAUUUACUUAUCUCACUAAUACUUGCACUGUCAGUAAUUGAUUUUACUAAAAUUAGUUAAUUUUAUAGUGUCUUAUAGGAAAUCAUAUUUGGUGAAUGUUCUAUUUUGGUGAUUUUGGUAAUCUAUCUUGAAUCAGUGCACCUUAGAAAUAAUUUGAUACUUUCAUGAUACUCAGUUGAGUAUAUCAAAACCAAUUUUAUUCACUAUCAAAAUCCAAAUUUGUCUUCCUCCUGCAGACAUAUUUAGUAUAUAAAAAUGUCUUCUUUUUUUACUCUUAUGACUACAAUCACAAAAUCAAGCUUCCAAGAAGGAUAACAAAUGGUGUUUUUCAACCAAAGACAAAUUAAUCAAAAUUGUAAUAUGUAAACUGUAAGAUGAAGCACAACAAUAAAAGCAUCGUUCCUUUGA